AAAGGGAAGAAGGACUCUCAGAAGAGUCAGAAGGGAGGUACGCUGGGUAAAGGGGCGGGGAAGAAGAUCACUAAGAUCAUUGGCUUAGGCAAGAAGAAGCCAUCCACUGACGAACAGACAUCUUCAGCCGAGGAGGACAUACCCACCUGUGGCUACCUGAACGUGCUGUCCAAUAACCGCUGGCGUGAGCGUUGGUGUCGUCUGAAGGACAACCAGCUGCUGCUUCAUAAGGACCGUACUGACCUGAAGACCCACACAGCCAGCCUGCCCCUCAGAGGCUGCGAGGUCAGCCCUGGACUGGACUCCAAACACCCCUUCGCCUUCCGCCUGCUCCGCAACGGACAGGAGGUGGCCGUACUGGAGGCGUCCUCCUCAGAGGUGAUGGGUCGUUGGCUGGGGAUGCUGCUAGCUGAAACAGGCUCUAUCACAGACCCUGCUGCCUUACAUUACGAUUACAUAGAUGUAGAGACUACCGCAAACGUUAUCCAGCUGGCCAAGCAGUCCUUCUGCUUCACUAGUAAACGUGCUGUAUCUCCCAACCCUUAUCUGGACAACCCUGCCAACAGCUACGCAUGUCCCUCUGGAAUGGCACUGCACUAUGAUGAUGUGCCAAUCAAUGGAAUGGACCCAGAGGCGCUAUACUCCAGCCCUGCCACCGGAGGGCGACGUCUGAGAGAGGAGGUGUUGUAUGAGAACACUGACCCUGACCUGUAUGAGAACAUGCCUUCGCCCAAGCUGGCCGCCCGCUACUCCCCCAAGCCCAGUCGCCUGGCAUCAUCCUCCUCCUCCUCUUCCUCCAGCCACUACAAAACCCCUGGCCCUGUCAAAUCCAAACUCUUCUCCUCUUCCUCCUCUUCAUCGGCUAACACUAACACUAAAGCCGUUACUCAGCUGAAGGGAAAAAAGGUCCCAGUGACCAAUGGGACAGCGUCUAAACAGAAGGUGGACAAGAACCAGGCCAAGAAGACCAAUGGAACAACCAAUGGAACAGCAUCUGUGAAACGCAACAACUCCAGUGCAGAGCAGUAUAAGUACGGUAAGAACCGUGUGGAGGCGGACGCCAAGAUGCUGCAGGCUAAAGAGGAGGAGCUAAUAAAGAGAAAGCAGGACAUCAGGAACCGUCUGACCCAGCUGAAGAAGGACAGGAGAGACCUGCGCAACGCCAUGGAGGCCAGCACCGCUAAGCGUUCCGCUGGGUCCCUGGCGGAGCGGCUGAAAAAGGUGGAGGACGAGUGCAAGCUGAAGGAGGACGAGCGGGUGAGCCUGGAGCUGGAGAUGACAGAGGUCAAGGAGAGUCUGAAGAAGGCCCUGAACGGAGGAGUCACUCUGGGACUCACCAUCGAGCCCAAGUCUGGCACCUCCAGCCCACAGUCCCCAGUGUUGCUGAGGAGUACCGUAGAGAACUCUCCCAUCUCCAGCUGUGACACCAGUGACACAGAGAGCUGUUCUACCCUGCCCGUCAACAGUGCUCCCUCCUCCGCAGAACGACCAUCAGAAACCCUCGGCUGUCCGCGGCCAUGUCCUAAGAAGGCCAAGGAAUGGGAGAUGAAGACGGGCACAUGAGCAACAACUCUCUUCACAACAGUCCUAUCUUAUUCGCUUUUUAUUUUAUUUUAAUGCGUGUAUAUAUUAAUUUAAAUCAGUUGGUAUGGGGAGGAAGGUUGAAGAGGAGUACACUACAAGCAUAGCCAAACAGAGAGACGAUCAAGACAAUGCUGAUUUUUGUCUACUUUAUUUCCUGGACAUAAAGAACUAGCAGUCUUUUUCUAGCUUACUAUUGUGUAAUACCAUGUCAUGUUUCAACUACUCUGUCGUGUCCUUUUGCCCAAUCUUGUUUUUUUUUGUUCGUCUUCUUUUUGCAGACAUCCGCUUUCAUACAGUCUCUUGUUGCCUGUUUCUCCGUCACAUAAAACAAUCAGGUUUCUAAACCUCUUGGGGUUCCAAAAUCAAGUGCAUAUUUAUUUGUAAAUGUUUCUUAGGUAAAUACUAGCAUCCUUGUGAUUAUUUAUGUUGAUGAUAUUUAAUGCUUGUUGUAUUGUAUAGCUCCCUCUCUUUAGAACAGGAACUGCACUGUGCCACUAAUGUCCACAUCAUCUGGAUCCAGCCGUUAGUAUCACUGUUAGGCAAUCCAGGUGAUUUUCAAAUCAUCAAACCAGCAAUACACCUACAGUACUCCUAGUCCUUAGUGGUUGAUGCCUGGGAGUGGGCCUUUGGAAUGCGCCACUCAGUAAAGUGCAGGUCAAACUAAGGCAUGGUGGUGUUCUGGUGAGUUUGGCCACUGGCGUUGGAAAAGUCCUCAACCUCAAGUAAUGUAGCCUCUUGUAUUUACACUUCUACAUCCAGGAGCCUCGGGCCAGCUCUUUUAAUCAUGCCACUGGUGCACUGUAACCCCGUGGUCUGGUCUCACUCUGUGUGUGUGUGCGUUAGUUUAUGUGUGUGUGUUAGUUUGUGUGUGUGUGUGUGUGUGUUUGUUUA